GGGGAAAAUAGAAACUGGGUUGUAUGGUUGGCAGUAAAAUAAACAAUGGCGCUCACGGGAUAGUAUGAUUCUGAAGUCAAAUUUUGUUUUUAUUAUGGUUUUUUGGAUAUCCUUAUUCACCAAAAAUAUGACGGAGGAUAACACGGACAAUAAUGUAGUCUCAAAAUGAUGUCAAACAUAUCAAUAGAUUGGUGUAGAUAGGUCCUAAGGACAAUGUUAUAGGAUGGCUUCUAAUUCGUACAACAGGGUGGAAUGGGUAGAAAUAAUCGAACCCAAGACACAGGAACAUAUGUACGCCAAUUUGGCUACAGGUGAAUGUGUGUGGGAUCCUCCAGAAGGUGUACCUGUCAAACGAACAGAUUCCAAUCAAUGGUGGGAACUUUUUGAUCAAAAUACAGCUAGAUUUUACUAUUACAAUGCUACAUCACAAAGGACAGUUUGGCAUAAACCUACCAAUUGCGAUAUUAUCCCUUUAGCUAAGUUACAAACACUUAAACAUAACACUGAUUGUACUCCAGCUGCCACAAGCCACCAAUCUACUCAGACAGGACAUCUCGCAGAAAGAGGACAAGUAUUAAGUUUAUCGGCGAGUACUCCUCAACUACGUCGUAAACCCAGUGAUCUGUGUAGAAGUAGCAGCUUCAGCCAGAGGGGAGCAGAAGCACCUUUAUACUCCAACUGGCAUGAAUCUCAGCUGCUACCUUUAGAACAUUUCUUACUCAAUAACAGCCGUGAUUCUGACAGUGAUCAUUCUGAUAGUGGUAGCGAAUCCCUAACUGGUCAUGAACCUGAUAAUGAGGAUUCAGAUCAAUCUGAAGGCAGUUAUUUACCCCAUCGUCUGUCGCACAGGCCUGUAGAAUAUUUAAAUCUUCCAACAGCAGCUAGUACAGAACCUAGAGAUAGAGAUACAAAAGAAAGACCUACAGUGCCACUACUGAAGCCUUUAGCAGAACCACCUUUGCAACCGGAGAGAGAGGCUGAUAUGGAAAAAUUUGCUGUUGACAAUCUAAAUUUAGGUGGAAGAGGGUUAUUUAGGAGGAAAGCUAGCGUCCGUGACUUACUUAGUUGGUCAGCUCGAAGUCUACAAAGGCCUUUAUUAGCAUCUAGUAAACCUGUGGCUAGACAAGCAUUAGAAAUGUUUAGACAAGUACAAAUGUAUAUGGGUGAUAGGAAAGCAAGACCUGGAAUGUCAUUGAACUCACUUUUAAUGGAAAUACUCGGGGCUGCACAUGUGCAGGCUCUACUUAGGGAUGAACUUUUUGUACAAUUAUGUAGGCAAACUACAGAAAAUCCUAGAAAAGAAUCACUUGUUCGAGGUUGGGAAUUACUAACCAUUGCUCUUGCUUUUGUUCCUCCAAGUCCAGUAUUUCAACCAGCUCUCUUAGGAUACCUAAAUCGACAUAGAGAUCCUACCUUUUCCAGAGUUUUUCCAGAUGUAAAUAGGUGGCCAAUUCAUGUUCAAGUGAACCACUAUGCAACAGUCGCGUGCCAAAGAUUAGAGAGAAUAGGAGCAGGAGGUAAACGUACAGCUAGGCGUCCUCAAUUAGAUGACAUCGAAGCCGCUCGUAAACAAAUAUUCCAAGCUAGUUUAUUCGGUAACACGUUACGAGAAGUAAUGCAACUGCAGGCGAGUCGUUGGCCCAACAGAAGGCUCCCUUGGCCUCAAGUAGAGCUAUCACAACAAGUGUUAAAGUUACAAGGUUUAACAACUGAGGGUAUAUUUCGUGUCUCAGCUGACGUUGACGAAGUUAAUCGUUUGAAAGCACAAAUGGAUAUGUGGGAAAUUAGCGAGCCCAGUGACGCUCAUGUGCCUGCAAAUUUGUUAAAGCUGUGGCUUCGUGAGCUGUAUGAGCCACUCAUACCGGACUCUCUUUAUCCUGAAUGUGUAGCAGAGCCAAUGACUCCUCGUCGUGCAUGUGAUUUAGUUCUACGUCUCCCUACCCUACAUAGGCUUGUAUUAUGCUAUCUGAUUAGGUUCCUUCAAACCUUUAAUAAACCUGAAGUUAUACAGCACACCAAAAUGGAUGCUUCCAACUUAGCUAUGGUAUUCGCACCUAACUGCUUGAGAUGCAUGGCUAGUGAUCCACGUACUAUGUUCGAUAAUGCACGUAAAGAGAUGGCAUUUAUGAGAUGUCUCAUACAGGAACUAGAUACUGAAUGUGUUCGAGAUAUGAUCUGACCUCAACUUUCUUAUGUAUAUAACAUAUUUAUAUAAACAUACCAUUUAUUGUAACAUUUUUUUAUAGUGAAAAUAGAUAUUUUCUUGUGAGUUAAUUUUUAUUAUUACUUUUACAUUACAAAUUGUG